UCGGAUGACGACAUCGUUUCCAACUCUCAGUCGUCGCAGCACUUUGGAGCGGUACGGACGGACGAUUGAAGAUCACCGGAGCAGACGCAUCUUUUUGCUUUCUUAGUGCUGACUUCUGUUAGAUGAAAAGAGAUAGAGUGUAUUAUUCAAGCGUUCACACUAAUCCUUAACCCGGACUGUCGGUCGGUUAGGCGAGUAAACGGCUGGUUACGAAACCGUGGUGCAGGUCAAUCCCGGAAGAAAAGUACGAGUGGUGUGAGUAUCCCGUAGUGAACUGUGGAUCUCGGUCGGAAGCGUGUCCUGUUGUGGUUGAUGAGAAAACAGGUGCGUCGAAGCGGAGGGAAUGAGUCUCCCGCCCUACGUGUGAAGGCUUAACAGCAGACGGCGAUGACGACGUCAGACGUCGGGGGUUGAUGGAAGUUCGUGGCAUACACCGGCAGCAGGGUGGGAAAACUUUUACCGUUAUCCUUAAACAUGAACGUGACGGUCGUGCCGGGAUCAAUCGUUAGCUGAACGCCGUGAAGGUCGCACACGAACGCGCCGUCCUCCGUGUCAGUCAACCGUACUCGGUGUGUCUAUUGGAUUUUGGCGUCCUCCGUGAAGGGACAGUGUGUGUAUAGGAACGAGAACCGAGCCCAUCGGAUGUGUGCAUUGUCGGAAGCAUAUCGAACAGUGAUGGGAGGGAAAUUGUUUCAUUUAGGAUCUUUAAUUAUUUAUUACCGUCGCAUCAACGAUGUUGUUUUUCGGAUGGCUUCUAAUGAAAUUUUCCCAAUAUGGAGUGUGUCAAUAUCCAGGGUGAAGUGGUAGGAUUUGUGCCUAUGGAAUAUCAAACGUAGGUUCGCUUUCAACGUUAGCUUGUCGACAAAAAAACGUUCUGAAGAGAUUUUUUUUUCGUUGGAACCUAAACUGCCGAAAUGCUUGUUGAUCUGGAAUAAUGAAAUGUGACAGGGGCCCGGAAAAAAAUAAACAAGAGUGACAACGUGUGUAAUUAUCGAGAAAAACGCUACGGCACGGGUGCGACUCGUGGAAGAUGAUGGAUGCAAAACUAAUUUUUCCGACAGGUGUCAGUAUGCUAGUGUAGAAAAAAAGCAUUUAAGCUAGUGUUUAUCCAACUGUGAGUGUCAGAGUGCUCAAGGGAAGAUUUACUGCCGCUCCGGUUGAUGUUGCCAAAUGAUGCUUCAAAACCCAGAAGUGGCAUGUACAUUGAAACAGACGAAAGCAGACUAUUAGCGUAACUUUCCACUCGUUCAACCCAAUUAGACGACAAAUCACAAAACACAACCGGCAAACCAAUCAACAAAAUAAAACGAGCACUUCCUUACGGGCAAAGUAAUAACCGAACGUCGUUGUUGAUGUUGUAGUUUUUUUUUCUCUCUUAAUGUUGCUGUUUCAUCUAAAUUUAUGAGGAAAAUAAAAUCAAACACGUGCAGACCUCCGCACACAUUAGUGUCCCGGUAAUCUGCGAAAGAGCUCGCCAGCCAAGCCGCCGAGAGAAAAACCGUUCUAUCAAAGAUCGAAAAUCACUCUCCUUCGUUCGUCUGUACGCGAACACGCCCGACCACCAAUUCUCACUUCCACCCCCUCGGGGGUUUCCAAACAGCAAAGGGAAACGUUAAAUAUUAAAGGAAGGAGCCGAAUUGAAAAGGCCGAAGGAAAUCAAAAGGUGGUCAGUGCUAUUAUUAAAUAUUAAUGCGGUCCGGAAUAGAUUACGUUCGGGCGAAAUUACAAACAGGGUAUCUUGGACUUUUGCUGUAAGCAAUCAUGUGACUUCUGAGGAGAAGUGAGAAGUAGCAAAACCAACAUCGUGUUCGGCGGGCAAAAGAGCUCUGCUAAAAAAACAUACAGAAGAAGCAAAGUGCGGUCCGGUCCAGCAGCGGUCGUCUGAGUGGUGUCGGAAUAUAAUAAAAUAUUGAAAAUAAUUUACGACUCUCCGGGCGCGGGUGGUUCGACGAUUAUAGGGUGCCGGUAUUUGCAUUUAGUGCGGAACAGGUGUUCUCAAUGGUUGGCAGUUGCGGUUAAGUGUUUUGAGGCUGGGCCAGUAGCAUGCAAAUGAAAUUACGUGAUGCUGGUGGACGGUGCCGGCAGAUAAUCAAGGUGUGAAUAUUUAAACCUAUCGGGUCGGACUUCAAAGUGAAGAAGCUGCAGCAGGGUUGUGAUUCGUGAUACUUUUCUGCGUGGGGGAAAUGUUCGUUUAUGAACAUCAGUGCGAUACUAGAUAGGAUUGCAUCGCAGUUGAGAAUUCGAGUUACAUGUACAGCAGGAAUUUCCCUUUACGCUGGACAAUCCUCGAAGGUAAACAUCACAGCAUCCUUUGUUUCAACGAGCCAAAUCCUUUAAAGACACAUCACUCAGUUUGAUCUUCACAACAGCUCGCGUGUUGAAGCGCUCGAGGAACGCGUUUCGUGUGGAUGUCUACGUGCGUGGUUGACGACGUCAGCCAGCUUUACCUAGAAACCAAACAAAGCAAGCCUGGUAUUGAUAACCAACCAACGAGCUGCCAUUCCGGUACGAUUCCGCAACAGUGAACUAAUUGCAAAUUAAUGCCAGAACAUUGCGUCCGUUGUCCAGGGUCGGCUGUCGCGCGUGUAUCAAAUUUAUUUUUAAUUGAAUUCUAAACACUAUCAUGUUCCGGUGCACGCGCUACAACACCGCUGCGCUGUCAUGAACUAAAUGUCAGCUGGUCUGCACGGGGCACCAUUCACGAACGACUUAACGCCCAGACGGUUGCUACCCUUCCGGAUCCGGACCAGAGUGCAAAACCAGUCCGUGACAACAAGCCAUCUAAAUUUUGGCUUCCCAACACCACUGACUGUGUGUUUGUGUGGGUACUUAUUUGGUGGCAAGAAACCAACCCAUUCUGGUGCGAUGACUAUGGAGGAAAAAUGGACCAACUAAAGCGGAGCACAUCAGUCACGUCAAUCGGCACACGGACGUCUACCAGAACCAGUUGAUCAAUAACAGCGGAACAGACGACGGACAUACGUGACGUGAACGCGGGCGUUCAUGAGAUAUUAAAAAAAAAAUAACCUUGCAAAAGUGAAUCGCAAAGGGGGACCGCGCGACGAAUCAAAACAUUGAAUAAUCAACAUUCGUUCGUUAUGUGCAAAUCCGAUGACGAAAAUGGAAAAUGGCUAACGAACGGAUGGUCCCACUGCCGUGGCGGAAGGCGUGCGAUAUCUUGCGGAAAAGUUCAACCCCCGGUGCACCGCAUAUAUGCUCGCCGGACGUAAUUCGCCCAGAGUGCAAUCGAAGAACACUGUGAAAUGAGUGCAGUUGAAGUGUGCAAGCAUUUUCCCCUAUCGAACAAAAUAGAAGAAAACGUUUUAACGUGAAAUUACCGGGUGCGCGGUUAUGAGUCGGUUGACAGAAAAAUCGUUUUCACGGCCAGCGCGGCCUUGGCCGUUGCCGGCCAGGACAGUGACAGAAAAAGUUUAUCGGCACUCGACCGGCGUCAGCAGUAGUAGUACUAGUGGUAGUAUUAGCAGUACGGCGGCUAGCAGUGUCAUCCACUCGACGGCGACAACGGCCAGCACUUCCAGUGGCUGGAGGUCCUUUGCGGCUGCCGGCGUCGACGGGUUCGACGGUGGUGGAACAAAUGCCCCCGACAGCAGCAGCAGCAGCAGCAGUGAGAGUGAAGUAGAUUAUGGCAGCAGCAUCGGUGGUAGCAGCUUUCUAGAUAACUUCAUCAAUGAGAACAAUGACAGUAGCAGCAACGGCGAACUGUUCAAUGGAAUAUUGUCCAAUUUUACCGGUAACCCAGUGGGACCGACUGCUACUGGUUCGCUGUUCACAAACAUCACAACCGAGCUCAGCUUCAACGUCAAUGGUUCGAGUAGUGGUAUUGGGUCGGCUGCUGUCGCCGGUUCUCGGUUGGCUUUUUCCUCCUUGCCGGAUCUGCUGGAGGAGAACGAACUAAUGGCUCUGUGGAACUGUACCAACUGUUUUUUGCUCAAUUAUAGUGGUAGUAGUAGUAGUAGUGGUAGUAGUUCGACGCUGAUCAACGCCACCAACAGCAGUAGGUACAGUAAUGGAACGGACCAGGAUUUGCUGCUGCUGGGAUCCGGCGGUGGCACGGAUGAGGACGCCGAGACCACCAUCUAUCUGAUACGGGUGAUAGCGACGGCGAUUGUUUUGGGGAUUGUUAUUUUAGCUACAGUAAUAGGAAACGUUUUUGUAAUAGCGGCGAUUCUGCUGGAACGGAACCUGCAAAGCGUGGCCAACCAUCUGAUAUUAUCGUUGGCGGUGGCGGACCUGCUAGUGGCCUGUCUGGUGAUGCCCCUGGGAGCGGUCUACGAGGUGUCCAACGAGUGGCGACUCGGUGCGGAUCUAUGCGACAUGUGGACCUCUAGCGAUGUGCUGUGCUGUACGGCAUCCAUACUGCAUCUAGUGGCCAUUGCCUUGGACAGGUACUGGGCCGUAACGGACAUCGAUUACGCUCACGCCCGAACUGCCCGACGAAUAGGAUACAUGAUCAUCGUCAUCUGGACCCUGUCGGUGCUGGUAUCGAUCGCACCGCUGCUGGGCUGGAAGGAUCCAGAGUGGGAAUCCCGGGUCUACCAGGAUCUCCAGUGUAUCGUAUCGCAGGACGUGGGUUAUCAGAUAUUCGCCACCGCUUCCAGCUUCUACGUGCCACUGCUGGUGAUACUGUUUCUCUACUGGAGGAUAUUUCUCGCGGCCAGGAAAAGGAUUCGGCGGAGGCAGCAGGGCAAAACAAUUGUGCAAUUGAUACCAAAAACUUUAGCUGCUCAGACCCAUCCUGAACCCUUGGCAAAAGCUUCAUGUAUGGCACUAACAUCGAUUGGUUUCCGCUGGAAGGUAACGGCAUCGCAGCAGAACGCCAUCGGUGGCUCGACGGCGAACGUGGUCGGCGGUUCCGGUGGAAUAGCGGCUGCCGUGGUGGCCGUGAUUGGCCGUCCGCUGCCGACCAUCAGCGAAACGACGACGGCCUUCACCAACGUGUCGUCGGCGAACACCAGCCCGGAGAAGGCCAGCUUCGGUAACGGUAUCGAGCGGGAUCGAAUCGAGGCGGAUCCGCCGACGGCGGAUAUCUCCAUGGCAUACCCAUCAACGGGAGCGGCAUCCUGCUCGUCGGCGAAACCGUCGAUCAUGAAAAAACGCUCCCAGGCGGCGACGGAUUCCAAGCGGGAACGGAAGGCGGCCAAAACGUUGGCCAUCAUUACCGGAGCCUUCGUGUGCUGCUGGCUGCCGUUCUUCAUCAUCGCCAUCCUACUGCCAACGUGCACCGGUUGCGACAUCAGCCCGAUCGUGACCAGCGUGUGCCUCUGGUUGGGAUACUUCAAUUCCACCCUGAACCCCAUCAUCUACACCAUCUUCAGUCCGGAGUUUCGGCACGCCUUCAAGCGGAUACUGUGCGGCCGGCGGCACAGUCUCCGGCGGAAGCGGAACAUGGGUGUGCGGCAUAUGCGGUAAGAUUACUUUUUAGCUGGCGGGAGGAAGGGUAUAGAAAGAAAAGUCAAAUGAUUGUGAUGUUAUGUAUUAUAAACCUAGGUUAAUUUGUAAAUAUUAGAUGAAUUUAGCUCCAAAUAGAUAUAGUAGGUUAAAUAAUUGCAAGGACGAGGGUUGCGACCAGAGACUGUUUUGAAAAGUUAUGAUUCUACACGGAAAUCCAUAUUCAAUACUCAUAACAAUAAACACAUACAGAGCUGUUAACAACUAAAGUUUUCCUAAAAAAUGCAAUAUUUUUGAAAUUUUCCAUAUGAUUUUCAU